CCCAGUAUGAACAAGCACCACAAGUUUUCAAGGCAACACAUUUAGGGAAUAUAUCAACUGAGAGAGCCCUAGAUCAUUCUUCAUGCCCAGUUAAUAUGAAGAACCAAAAAAUGUCAAAGGCUACAGCUGUAGCAUAUCGGAGACGUCAACAGAGUGUGGCUCUUACAACAAAACCAUCAUCUGGAAGCCACCGAGUUACAGAAACACCUGAUCUUCACAAGUGCAAGACUGUCAGGUUCAGUGGUCUCCCACUGAAGCCUGAACUAGCUGGUCUAAUCGAGAAGACGUUGCAAGAAGCUGAUGCUUCAGUUACAGCGGGAGGGGCACAGAGUGCAGAAGAAGCUCAUAGCUGUCAAAAAGAGGUCAAGCAGAAAGCACUUGGCAACAGAAAACAUAAAGAUGGUGGUCAUGACCAAGAAGCAUCGGAAAGUGUGGACGCCAAUAAAAAACUGGAUGCAAAGACAGAAACUGGAAUGGAAGAAAUUUUCUUGGAGAUAAAGGCAAUGGGGGGCUUGCCUGGCUUGCCAGCCACACAGCAGGCUCAUCUGGUGAGGGGCUACACACUCCACUUGGCUGUGGAAGCACUCCGGGGCAAAGAGACACAGAAAGACUUGUCGUCAUUUGUGGAGAUUGACCUGAGAGACAAAGUUGAAGAGAAAACUGAAGAUGUUUUGGCAGAAGACAAACAGCGUGAAAAUGAAAAGGAACCUCCUGAAACCAUGCCUGAGAGCAGCUGGCUGUGCUGUUUUCCCAUCUGGACGAAGCAAAAGAAGCGAAAAGAAAAAAAUGAGUAGCCCCCAAAAGGACCUUCCAGCUUUUUAAAAUAUGAGGCCCAAUAUGGGAAUGAAGGGGACCAACAGGAAAAGGUUAGCUGAAGGAUUAGCACUCAAUAAACUCAAAUCCAGAAUUAGA